AUGUUUCUGUUCUUUAUAGACCUAGGCCCCAUGAAUAGAUCAGCAUCACACAUUGUAACCGAGUUUAUCCUCCUGGGGAUCCCUGGUUGCUGGAAGACCCAAAUUUUCCUCUUCUCGUUGUUCUUGGUGGUUUAUAUCUUAACUUUGGUGGGAAAUGGAGCCAUCAUCUGUGCAGUAGUACGUGACCGACGACUCCACACUCCCAUGUACUUUCUGCUGGGAAACUUUGCCUUCCUUGAGAUCUGGUAUGUUUCCUCCACUGUUCCCAACAUGCUAGCCAACAUUCUCUCCACAACCAAGGCCAUCUCUUUUUCUGGAUGUUUCCUCCAGUUCUACCUCUUCUUUUCACUGGGCACAACUGAAUGUCUCUUCCUAGCACUCAUGGCUUAUGAUCGGUACCUGGCCAUCUGCCACCCCCUGCAUUACCCUACUACCAUGACUGGGAGGUUCUGUGGCAUUCUGGUGUCUUUGUGUUGGCUCACUGGAUUCCUUGGAUACCCAAUUCCCAUUUUCUUCAUCUCCCAACUCCCCUUCUGUGGCUCUAAUAUCAUUGAUCACUUCCUGUGUGACAUGGACCCAUUGAUGUCUCUAUCCUGUGCCCCAGCUCCCAUUACUGAAACUAUUUUUUAUGCUCAGAGUUCUCUUGUCCUCUUUUGCACUGUUAUGUACAUUCUUCGGUCCUAUAUUCUGUUGCUUAGAGCUGUUUUUAAGGUUCCUUCUGCAGCUGGCCGGCAAAAGGCCUUCGCAACCUGUGGUUCUCAUUUAGUUGUGGUGUCUCUUUUCUAUGGCACAGUCAUGGUAAUGUAUGUUAGUCCUACAUAUGGAAUCCCAACAUUGAUGCAAAAGGUCCUGACACUUGUUUAUUCAGUACUGACUCCUCUCUUUAAUCCUUUGAUAUAUAGUCUUCGAAAUAAGGAAAUGAAACAUGCCCUAAGAAAUGUCUUCAUUAGAAUGAAAGUUAGUAAAAAUCUAUUUUAA